UGGUCAGUUUGUUUUUGGCUUUCGCAAGGUGCAGUCGCCCUCAUCCUCAACGAUUCUUGUAGAAGCGAUGAACACAUGUUGACAAGUUCAAAAUAAUUGUGCAAUGACAAAGUUUUCAAGUGUCCUCCUAACAUUGUGUCUCAGCCUGUGGUUAAGCCAACUGCCAUUGGCUCAGGCUCAGGAUGAUUCCCUUGCUGGAAGUUUUCUCUCGGGCCUUCUGGAUACCAUAACUAGCACAGCCGAUGCCAAGGAUUGUCCUGGCGUUUGUGUUCAUACCUUGGCCACUCUGAUCUGCUAUGAAGUGCUUGACGAUGUACCCUGCCCAUCGCCCAGUAUGAAAUGUUGCAUAGAGAAUGCACCAGGUAAAAAUGUGACUGCUGUGAGGGGAACAACCACACCGAAAACCAUUACCACUAGCCCCACUAAAGCCGCACCGAGUAGUACAACUACACAUAGAACCACACAAAAGACAACACAAAGGACGACCCAAAGAACUACUACAGCAACUAGCACUAGUACGACAGCCAAGCCAAAGCCGAAGCCACAGACUAAGCGACCGUCUAGCACCACUUUGGCUCCAACGACAACAGCACCAACCACCAAGAAGACAAGCACCACCAAAAAGUCCACGAAUAGCAAACCUAGCAAGGAUAAAGAUGAAAGCACCAAGGCAGAUGAUGAGAAUAAGGAUUGUACGGGUGUUUGUGUGGCCGAUCGCAUUGCGGAAUAUUGUGAGGCCUAUUUGACCAGCGAUGGUUUGUGUAAAGAAGGUACCAAAUGUUGCGUCUCCCUGGAUGAAUACUCGAAUGGCAAGUUGCCAAAGGAUAUCUAUAUACCAGCCAAACACAUGGGCAAUUUGAAGACCAAUCAGACAAUUGCAGAGAAAUCCGCUCCACCAUCAAAGUCCAGUUCAGGCAGCAGCAGCACAAGCUCAUCCACAAGCACCAGCAGCACGACGAGCACAACUCCAGAGCCAGCACGGACAAAUAAUAAUACACAGAAACCCACAAAACACAAGAAACAUCCGCCAACUACAACGACCACAGAGGCGGCUGCCGAAAAGGAAGAGGAUGAUGAUGGUGAGCAGGAAGAUGAUGAGGAUGAAACCACAUAUGAGAAGACACGCCCAGGUCAAGGACAAGGCCAGGGGCAAGUUCUGAAAGAAUGCGAAGGAGAAUGCAUGAAUGGCAUUUUUGCCAUUUUUUGCGAUGACAUCGAUUCGGAAGCUUUCUGUCCUGGCGAGGGCAGUUGUUGUGUAACUGGCAGUGCCUCGGAGGCCUCACCAUCAAAAUCUCCCGUGACCACAACAAAACCGGCUACCAAAAUAGUCAAGAAACCAAGUCGUCCAGCCUCGUCAGCACCUCAACCAGCGCCAACCACUUCGCUGGGUGGUGGAGACUUACUACAGACAAUCAUAUCCUUUGCCGAGAACACUCUAAACUCACCAGCACCAACUGCACCACCGCCACAGAGUCCACCACGUUGUCAGGGCUUCUGUCUGCUCAACAUAAUGGCGGCAUUCUGUGAACGUCCCUCCAUUCUGGUUUCGACCCCAACGAAUUGUGCCAAGGGCUCAGUGUGUUGUGACAAUUCAAGAGCAGGAGCACCCAAGCCAAAGUUGCCGCCACCAACGCCAUCGCCCACUGCACCACCCACAGCGCCGCCUUAUGUGCUGCAUAAUACCCCGAGUCCCGAUCUGCGAGAGGAAUGCCCCGGCUCAUGUAUAGUCAGUUUGCUGAGCUUCACAUGCUUCAAAAACGCCGAGAUGACCGAUCUAUUUAGGUGCAAGCGAUCCGGACAGAUUUGCUGUGCACCCAAGAGUAAGAUACUGGAAAAGCAACAGUUCCAGACCCGCAACGAUACGGCCUCCUACUAUCCGCCACCACCGCCGCCGCCGCCCAUGGGUCCACCGCAGGCAUAUCCACCACAAGUACCGCCACCACCAGCAUAUCCUUACAUGACCAAUCAGCCACCGCCGCCGCCACCGCAGCAACAACAACAACAACAACAACAGCAGCAGCAGCAGGGACUAUCUGGUCACUUGCCGCCACAUCAUCCGAACCCGUAUCCACCAGGACCUCCGCCUUCAUUGCCUAACUAUGGAGAUUACUAUGGAUCUGGACCUGGCUUGCCGCCCCAACCACAGCCGCCGACCACAACGCCACCGACGACAACAAGCACAUCGACCACACCCCGUCCACAUGUCUAUUCCAAGUAUGUUUGCGGUGUCAAGGGAACCCUGCGAACAGGACGCCGUCUAGCUCGAUCCCCGGCUCUCUCACUGGUGUCGUAUGCCCGAGCCAAGUACGGAGUACAACGAACUGCUCGUCAAUCGAUGGCCACAUCCCCGUCGUAUGCCAGCAGUUUCAAUAAAUCCAAUGAACGCCUUAUCCUUGGUUCGGCCAUUGUGCCCAUUCAAAUACACAACGAUAAACUGGGCGAUCUGGUUGAGACGGGCAGUGUCCAAAGUAAUCAACUGCGCUCCUAUCACGAUGAUGCCGAACCCACUGAUGUUGUCUAUCCGGAUUACUAUCAGCAAUCGGUCUACAUGAACUACAACAACACCAGCAAUCGACGUCGGGCACGCGUUGUGGGUGGCGAGGAUGGUGAGAAUGGUGAAUGGUGCUGGCAAGUGGCCUUGAUCAAUUCCCUCAAUCAAUAUCUAUGCGGAGCAGCACUCAUUGGCACCCAAUGGGUCCUCACGGCUGCCCACUGUGUGACCAACAUUGUGCGUUCCGGCGAUGCGAUCUAUGUCCGUGUGGGUGACUACGAUUUGACACGUAAAUACGGGAGUCCAGGAGCUCAGACUUUGCGCGUGGCCACCACUUAUAUUCAUCACAAUCACAAUAGCCAGACACUGGACAAUGAUAUUGCCCUGCUGAAGCUACAUGGUCAGGCUGAAUUGAGAGAUGGCGUCUGCUUGGUCUGUUUGCCAGCACGUGGAGUUAGUCAUGCGGCUGGCAAGCGAUGCACUGUGACCGGUUAUGGUUACAUGGGCGAGGCUGGUCCCAUUCCUUUGCGGGUACGCGAAGCGGAAAUUCCAAUUGUCAGUGAUACGGAAUGUAUACGUAAAGUGAAUGCUGUUACGGAGAAAAUCUUUAUAUUGCCCGCAUCCAGUUUUUGUGCUGGCGGCGAGGAGGGACACGAUGCCUGUCAGGGUGAUGGCGGUGGUCCAUUGGUAUGCCAGGAUGAUGGCUUCUAUGAGCUUGCUGGCCUUGUAUCUUGGGGCUUUGGUUGCGGACGUGUCGAUGUUCCUGGUGUCUAUGUGAAGACAUCAUCGUUUAUCGGCUGGAUUAAUCAGAUUAUUAGCGUGAAUAAUUUAUAAUAGGUGUCUAUAUAACUAACAAAAACCAUUCCCCUUUAAGCCCUUCCCUCCCAAAAACACACACACACACACUUUCCACACUCUACGACUGUUAAAGUUAAAAUCCCAUCCUAGUGUAAUCUAUUCAUACUUAAUUCUAAAUGAAUCGAAUAAUAAAAUAACAAAAUUUUAUAUAAAAAUUAAUCCUUUAAUAUAUACGAUUAAUCGAUAAAAUCUUUAAAAGUAUUCCCCCCCCCCUUCCUCUUACUUAGAGUAAAGUUAAAAAAACAAAUAAGAAAACCUAAAACCUAUUGUACACUUUUUGUAUAUACCAUAAAUAUAUA